AUGCAGCUGGACGAUGAUAAAUCCUUCAAAGAGUUGAAAAACGAAGCCUACACCGCCAUCAUCCUCCAGACUUCGCAGAGCUGCGUAGAGGCAUUGAAUGGCUUAGCCGAGGUGGCUUAUGUCGAAGAGAAGACGACCGUCCAGUCCUUCGUCACCCAAAAGACGGGCGCGCCGUGGGGUCUGCAGCGCAUCUCGAACGAUGCCGGCGCAUCUGGUGAUGCCCAGGGCCAGGAUUUCACCUACUCCUACGAGGACGAGUCUCUCGGUGCCGGUGUGGACAUUUACGUGGUCGACACUGGCGUGCGUACGUCGCAUGCCGUGUUUACAGGACGCGCCACGGAAGGCUUUUCGUUCACGACAACUGCUGCCGACGGUGAUGGCCAUGGAACUCACGUUGCCGGUACUGCCGCAGGUGCAAAGUUCGGCGUUGCUCAAGGCGCCAACGUCAUUGCUGUUAAGGUCCUCGGCGACGACGGUUCAGGUUCUUCCUCGGAUACCAUCUCCGGAAUGGACUGGGUCAUCAAUAACCACAACAAGCGCAAGUCCCAGUCGGGCUUUGUCGGUUCUAUCAUGAGCAUGUCUUGGGGUCUCCAAGGAACCGCCCAGUCCGUUGACGAUGCCAUCCAAGGUGCUGUCGACGUCGGCAUUCACGUUUCGGUCGCGGCCGGUAACGAUGGUGCCGAUGCUUGCUCGACCACCCCAGCACAUCUCGGUGGUUCCAAUUCCGCUGUCGUCACUGUCGGCUCCGUCAACAUCCAGAACGAAGUCUCUUCCUUCUCGAACAUUGGCGAGUGCGUCGACAUCUACGCGCCCGGCGAGGAGAUCCUCAGCUCCUGGAACACGGGCGACAACGUCAUUAACUACCUCUCCGGCACCUCGAUGGCUACCCCACAUAACUCCGGCGUCAUGGCCUACCUCAUGGCUCAGGACCCCACAAACCUCGGUCAGAACCCGGCUGCGCUGAAGAAGAAGCUGCUCGAGACUGCUCGCCAGAACGAUGUCACCGGGAGCCUUGGAGGAAGUGCGAACUUGCUCCUCAGCAACGGUGUCGAUGGCAACGUCGCUGUGACCAAGCGCCUGGUGAAGAACUACGUUGUCCCCGAAAAGGGGGAGAAGCGCACCGUGACCGGCAGCCCUGCUUCCUGGGCGAAGAACCUCGUCAACAACCUCGGUCAACGGUGGGAGCUCCACGCCGAGGAUGCGGCGCUCCGAUUCUAA